ACACACACACACACCUAGAAAAUUGAAAGUUUGAGUUCUUAAGAAAUGUCUGGUUAAAUUAUGUAUUGAUAAGAUAUUUAGACUUUCGGGCAUGGAUGAGGGAAAAUUAAAUGUUUGAGUACCUAUAAGAAAUGCAGUUAAAAGUUCAGGUGCCAUUUGAGAAGGUAGAAGGAAUAGAUCUUUCUAUGGCUUUCUUUUUAAUCGGUGGCUUUAUUCGUACCGCUCAAGUCCCAGAUUCGGUUCCAAUUGAUUGAUUUUCUCGUUGAAGCCUUGAAUUUUCCUGGGCGAGUCAACUCAUAGUUGUGCCGGUGGUGGAGACUCGGUGGAAUUAUCAACUGCAAAAUCAAAUCCAUGAUCAUCAGCAUCACAUGGACUCCUCUCCAGUGCAUUCCACUCCUUCCAUUGACGAAGACGAGUGGGACACUGAUGGGUUUGUGAUUCCGAGCCUGGGCAUUGGAGAUCAAGACCUCUUUCAAGCUGAUUCUCCAAAAGUAGAAGAUUCUAAACUGUCAACAGUUCAGGCUAGUAAAGAAGAAAAGAUAUAUCUCGGACCACAUGGAGCCCCGCCAUCACAAUCGAAGCUGCAAGAGCUGAAUUCUUCUAGCCGCAAGCAGAGAUUUAAACAGAAACUUAAGGAAGCUGAUGGGCAAUACUGUGGAACUGGGCGGGAAAAUAAGGUUGAUAACUUGAGAGAACUAGUGGGUGGGGAAAAAAUGUCCUUCAACACUUCAAAGAGCUCUCCUAGGGAAUGGCUUGAUCCACAUUGUCACGAGUCCCAGUUUGAGAAGAGGCGACUUCAGUAGAAUCUUUCCAAUAAUUGGCAACACAAAUUUUGGAAGUCCUUUCCCUUCACUUUCAUUUUCAUUUCUCCUUUCAACUUUCGGGUAUUAUUUGUUGCUACAAUAAGUGAAUUAAGGUCCUCUCUCUGACAUUGAGGAAUCUGAAAAUUAUCGAAGGUUUUAUGUACUUCAAUCGCUCAAAAGUUAAAACUACUCGGAGGUCAGAGCAAUUACAAGCUGCAUUUAGUUUGCUAUUUUUGCUUUUA